CUUGAUUAUCAUCCUGCAGAAACAGUGAUGCUUCCUGACUCAGAUGAGGGAGACACCAGUGUUAGUUCCACCUCUGCUCUGGAGAGCACUUCAGAUUCUGAAGAUGAAGGAGAGUAUGAGGUUGACCAAGGUUUUUACGACCAGCUGAUGAUCAUAGCCAACAAACUUGGGGACGAUUGGCCAUGGCUGGCCUUACAGCUCGGAUUCAGUAGCACUGAUAUUGGUAGGAUAACUAAAUAUUACCACUCCAGCUGUCAGGCGAACCAGUGUCUGGAGGAGUGGAUAGAAAGAGAACAAUGGGGAGCAACACUUGACACCAUGUUGGUGGGACUGAGAGCAGCUGGUCUGCACCAGAUAGCAGGUAAGGUGGAGACCGGUGAACUGUUCCAGAAGGAUGUGGACGAUGCAUGUUGUGGGUCAGAGUGGAAAGGUGAUAAAGAUUACGGGUCAAGUUCAGAUGGAGACAUAGAUCAUGAUGGAGAUUCUAGUGGUGUGGCAGGUAAAGUCAUGCCACAUUCAAGUAUAACACAUGGGGAUCACAAACCUGAUGACAGGUUACCAGACAACACAGACAGAGAGGGAUCGGUAUCUGAGCCAGGUGGUAGCCAUAGCAACAAGGAGGGAGGGGACAUUUCUCAGGAAGGUGGAAUAUUGCCACAUUCUGGUGGCAAACAGUUAUCAGAUGACUCUGACAGUGAAUCAUCAUCAGAAUCAGGUGGUAGCCAUAGUAACAUGGAGGUUGGCGAUAUAUCUGAGGAAGAUGGGAGCACAUCUCUAGAUUCUGGAUCACACAUCAGCACAGCCAGCCCUUCCAAGUAUCCAACUGGAGAAGACGCCUCGGCCUGGAAUGACUGUCUCCAAGACUUCUUCAAGGCUGAUGAAGACACAGCAAGGUCUAUCCAGGAGAGCUGGCCAAGUAACUUACUGGUUAAGCACCUCGUCCGGGACAGGUUUUUCCACUCUCACUUGUGUGAAUACUGGGAACAGUAUAAAAGCUGA